CUAGCAUCAAUUAGGGAGGAACAGAGUCUCAAAAACAUCAUCUCCACCAGCUCUACUCGAACUAUGAACAAGGGGAAAGAAGCAAGAAAAGAGAAAAAGGCUGCCAACUAGCUCGUACAAUUUCAACCCUCGAGAUUGUGCACCUCAUACCUCACGCAUCUCUUAUCCAAUGAGCUUGAGUGAGGUGUCAUUAGAUAGGUCUUGAAGAGAGCUUUCAUACAAGGUGCUGCACUUAAGGAUACGAGGUGUUUAAAGCUCAAAAAGGGCAGAUAAACACACGAGGUCUUUUACCAAGAUAUUAUAUACUUCUCAAGGAAUCUAUGAGUGGCCUGAAAAGUCGCCGGAGCCGCCGGAGUUUUCGCCGGAAAAUUCAAAAGUUGCCGGAGUUCGAACAAAGAAGAUAAAAGCUUGCUAGCGUCAUUUCAAGGUUUUAUUACUAUAUCCAAGAUAAGCCCAAGUACGUCCCUAAUGAGAGGAUUGAACUGCUAUAAGCAUAAAACCAGCAAUCAUUGGUCUGGAUAGUUGGAUGCUUUUAGGUGUUAGCAUGGAUGUCUCCAACUUUGCUGCUUUAAAGAAGAAGCUGGCCAAGGAGCCGAAGAAGAAGAAGGAGACGGGGGUUCAGAAACCCGUCGAUGAAUUCUUUAAGAAAGAUGGGGCGUCUCAGGUCCCGGAGGGCGAGGGUCCCUCCAAAACUCCCAGCGUUGGUGUUGACGUCGAAGGCUCCCAGGCUGAUCUGAAGAGAAAGAAUGCCGGGAAGGGCGUGGUGCCUCCGGAGAAGAGGAAGAAGAAGGGGGGCGCCUCGAUGAAGGACGCCCCCGUUAUCAUCGUCGAGGAGCAGCCUUCAUCAAACCCCCCGGCGGUUACUCCUCCUCGUUCCCCGGCGGUUCAAAUUUUGGAUUUUUAUUUCCAAUUUUUAUUUUUUACUUCAAUUCAGGUCAUUCUUCUUCCAGUUUUUUUCAGCCAUGGAAAUUUCAUUCAUUUUUUGUAUGAUUUUUGUAUUGGAUGUAUAAAAUCGCAUCUGCUUUUGCAUUCUUGAAAUUUACAUAUCUUCUGUCCCUUGCAUAUAUUUCAG